GUCCCAUUUUGCCAGUCAUAAGCACCCGCAUCCAUGCCGAGACGAUCACAAGCCUCCACCUCGGCUGUUCAGCCAUCCAAAGGAAGGAAGACUACAUUUGGAGACGAUGACGAUGAUGUGGUUGAGGAUGUCCCACAGAGGGACCUACCUGCUGAGCCGGACGUCGAGGAUUCAGAGGACGAGGACGACGCCCCUGAAGCUGUAGGCACCAGCGCGAGCAAGAUAGCGGAAGAUGAGGCUCGUCAAAGGAAGGAAAACGCCGAUCUUGCGAAACGUCAAGCUGCCCGUAUUCGAUUACAAAAGAUCCAAGCGAUCAAAUUGGCGCAGAAAAAGAAGGGCAAGCAGCCGAUGCAACAGCCCGAAACCGACACUGGAGACAGUGAUGAUGAUGAUGCCGAGACGAGACGACUAAAAGCUAGGAUGGCGAGAGCGAUGGACGAAGGGAGUGGAGACUCGGAGGCGUCUUUACACACCGAUUCGGACGAAGGAUCUUUCCAUACCGAUGAUUCAGACGAAGACGAGCCGGAAGACGACUCUGAACAUGUCUCGGACGACUCGGACUCCUCAGAGACCCUUCAUGAAGGUCCUCUCUCCGCCAACGACAUCAAGAUGAGAGCAUUGAUGGAUCAAGCGAUGGCCGCUGCGGACAGGCGGGCGGGGAUCGCUCAGCCAAAGACGAAAUCUCAAUCCAAGGGCAAGGCUAAAGCCACGGAGGCUACCCAAGCGGCUGAGGCUGUCGAUGAAGAGGCAAUGUGGGAUAUGACUCCUGGCUUCGGUCCCAAACCUCUAUCGACUGCUGUGCUGGCGGCUGCUGAGAAGGCUGAGACCGAAGCGGCCCUGCAGAAACAGCGAAAGAAGGAGGAAGCGAUGGCUCGUCGAGAGGCUGAAGAGCGAGCGGGAAGGAAGAAACAAAAAUACAAGCGUGCUCAGAACGACACGAAGCGCUUAAAAAAUGGCACCAUUGUACAACUCCUUCCACCACGUCACGAAGAGACCUCCUCACUUCCUCCCAUGGUCGGGCCAUCUCGCCCGUCGAAGGCCUCCUCCUCCUCCUCCUCCAGAGACAAGUUCCUUCGGACAGCUAUGAAGCGCAGUGGUCAAAUGCCAGGAUCAAGCCCUCUCAAUGGACGUAAAAGGAUCAUUAUGAGACCGAGCUAGUUGUAAAUGCAUGUAAUUCCGUCG